AUGGCGGAACCCGCAACGGCAGUUGCGGCUUGUCCAGACACUGCAAACCCACCUCCCCUGUUGCCCUUGAGGUGUAUGUACACCCCGGGCGACAGAGUAGCGGACCUCGACGGCCACUUGGGCACGGUCCGUUACAUUGGUCCAGUCGACGGUUACUCCCGACGAGGCGCGUCCUUCUCGGGCGGUGGCGCCUCAGAUUCCUGCUCGUUGUCUUCCAGCGAAGACGCAGAUUUGUGGAUAGGCGUCGAGUGGGACGAAGCGGAGCGCGGGAAGCACGACGGAUCCCUCAACGGGAAAGUUUAUUUCACUUGCGUGGGAGCUUUAUCGAGGUCGAAGACCGCCACCGCUGGGGGCACCGCCGCGUCAGCAGACGGGAGCAGCGCUGGAGACCCGAAAGAACAGAAAUCGAAGCGAUGCACGGCAGGCUCCUUCGUCAAAAGACACAAACUCCUGGAGCCCAAAGACUUCAAGAGAGCUGUCAUGGAGCGAUACACCAGGAAACUCACGCAGGAGCAAAUUGAUUCCAUGAUCCUCGUCAAUCAUGUUACAAAUAAAACCAAGCCCGUCGAAUUCGUCGGACGCAAGGAGGCAGAGGAGUACUUUGCUCGCCUCCACCUGCUGAACGCCAUGAGCUUCACGAGCACCUCGGCGAUCCGCACGGCGGGGCCUCCUCCUCGUCUCGUGCUUCCAAAUCUCCGCCUCUUGUCGCUUGCAAACAGCCUGAUCACCGACUGGCAGGAGUUGCUGGCGAUUCUUCGAUGCGUCCCACGCCUUUCUUCGCUCUCUCUCUGCGGCACGCGGCUGCGAGCUUCUACCUUGCCUCCGUUUGUCUCUCGCGUUUCUCCUGAACCUGCGCAAGGAGAAAAGGGAGACGCCCACGCAGAACGCGCCGAGGAAUGGACGAUUCUCGAGGAGCUAACGGAGCUUCAACUGGAUCAGACCUUCGUUACCUGGGACGAGCUUCUCGCCUUUGACUCGCUCGCGCCCCACUUGCAGCGUCUUUCGAUUCGUGGAAACGACUUCUCGCCUGCACUUCCACUGUUUGACCCCCGAGCUGGGCUGCCAGCGCGGCGGGCGAACGCGGGCGUCAACGGGGAAGAAAGCCCGGCAGAAACGGCCAGGGCCUUCCAAAAUCUGGUAUUUCUGGAUGUCUCGGACAAUCCUGUCCACUCUUGGACCCCGCUGGUCGCCUGCAUGCGCCACCUGCCGCGCCUGGAAACCAUCUGUGCCGUCAACGCUAACCUGGGCGAUUUCGCGGGUGUACAGACACCGCAGACAGACGAGCCAGAAGUCUGUACACCCGAGAAAUCGCCCUCCAGGACAGGCGCACCGCUCCAGGGAGGUGAAGAGUCGGCAACGGAUUCCGAACGAUCUCGGGAAUCCGCUGCACAGGACGGCCAACGGUCCGGCUGUGAGUUGGAAAUCGGCGCACGCGAAACGCGCGACGGCUCUGCAGCGUGGGCUCUCUCUAUGCGCCAGGACCGGAGGGCGAAGAUUAUCGAGCUGUGCCUGGAAGACAACUGCAUCGAGAAAUGGUACAUCCGAGAGGGGCCGAACGGCCCCAGACUGCUCCUCAGGGUGUGUGUGAAGGCAGCGAGUUCCGCCCUCGGAGAGAGAGCGAGUUUCCCUGUGCUUGCGUUCCAGGAGACGAUAACGUCGCUCGCGCGUCUCUUUCCGUCUCUGGAAAGACUGAUGCUGCAGGGGAACCCCCUGCUUCUUCAGCCGUGCUCGAACUCAAAGGCGGCGUCCGUCCCCACCGGCUUCGGCGCCUCGUCUCCACAACGCCAAGUGAUGAUUUCUCUGUUCCCGAGCCUGAAAGUUCUGAGCGGAGGAACAAUCUCCAGGGCGGAUCGAUCGGCAGCGGAACGGUACACGCUGUCUCUUUUGCACCGCAUAAAACGCCAAGGCGAAGUUUCCCUGCCGAUCCCUCCUGGCUUGGUGGCCGCGCUGCAGAGCCCCAACCAGGCGGCAGACAGAAAUUCCUCAGCCUACGAGGCGCUGCUCGAUCGACUCACGGAGACACACGGAGACUUCUCUCUUGGCGAAACCGCGCAGGGAGAAGGCGGCGCGGUCGUCCUCGCUUCGUCGCUGGUAGACGUGCUGCUUCAGCCUGACGCAGCAGUCAUUUUCGACAAGCCUCCCGUGAAGAAGCGAGUUCCCAAGUCGAUGCGAGUCCGAGAUCUCAAGACUCUGUGCAUGCGGCUCUUCGGCCUUCCCGUCGCACAUAUCGACCUCCUGUACAACGACGGGAACAUGCCUGUGAGCACCCCGCUGGAUGACGAUGCUUCGUCCCUGGAUUUCUUCGGAGUCGGAGCCGGAUCGGUCGUUCGCGUGCAGGACAAGAACGACAAAAAGAGUGAAGUUUGA